AUGUUUAAAUGCGUACAGUGUCCGUCGGUUUUCGUCGUGAAACGUAAUUUGAUUAGACAUGAAAAAACGCAUACAGGUAUGCGUUUUCCAUGUACUGCUUGUCCAUCGACAUUCUCGUACAAAAACAACCUCAACAAACAUCUGAAGAACAUUCAUGGUAUAGUAAACGUUCCGGCUCACUUGAGGCUUAUACCUGCUGCCUCGAUCACCACUCAACCAGCACGAUCGAGCGUGAUUCAAUUUGCUCCAGCUCAAGUCCAGAUUGCACCUCAAAUAUUUGUUCCUGAUGUCCCGGCCGGUGGAUCGAACAUGUUAACCGAAGACGAAAUGUGUAUGGAAGCCAUGGACGAAUUUGAGGAUACAGGUUAG